GGAAAUAUAUGAAGGGAAAAGUUUAUAUGGAGCAGAAGCUCAAAUCUCACAAUAAGAGCAUCACCCUAAUCUACAAUCCAAUAAAAUAGAUAGUGGAUAUAUUUGACUCGAUUUUAAAUCUGAAACCGAGGAACCUGAACAACCCGUUCCCCUUUCUUGGUACUCUCAUUUUCAUUUCCCUCCAAAUUCUAUCUGUGCCCGCCUCUCUCUCUUUAUCUCUCUCUCUUUGGCAACGCGCACAACCCUCCUCAAAAGCUUUCUCCUUCCUCAUAAACCCUCGAUUUUCCCUCUCUUCCCAUUUCCAGUCCCUACAUCAACAGUUCCCAGGGCUUGUUUCUCCCUCACUCUAAUGUGCACGAUAAUCUUUUGGGGCCAAGAAUUUAGGGCUGGAUUUUGAACUUGGCUACCUACCGCUCCUUACCCAUCACAUUCAGGGAGGGCAAAUGAGACAGUUAAUGUAGUUUUUCUAAUCUUGGGUUGGAUUUGGAAGUAUAACCAUUUUUUCUCUCAAGAUAGUGGAUAAAUGCAGACUUGGAGAUGAUGAUUACAAUUGACAUGGAGAUGGGGAGUAAUUCAGAUGGUAAUGAGAUGGAGAUAAAUAAGAAGGCAGGAAGUCCUCUUCUUGAGGAGUAUGGAAUGAAGGAGAUUAUCCUUGUGGAUGGUGAUGAUUUCUAUAGUCACCAUGAAUAAGAGGAUGCUAUUUAUAUAGAUGGCAAUGAUAGCAGUAACUUUGAUGCAAGGCAAAAUACAAGUGAGACUCUCAUGGUGGAGCCUCUAACCAUAGAAAUUAAUGCAGAGGACCCACAAGAGGGUAUGCGAUUUGAGUCCCCUGAAACUACAUUAGAUUUCUAUAAUAAAUAUGCAAAAAAAUCUGGUUUUAGCAUUCAAUGUUCUGCAGCUCGUCGAUCAAGGAAAGAUGGAUCACUCAUCACUCAUGAAUUUGUAUGUUCAAAACAAGGUGAGCAGAACAAGAAAUAUGAGGCAAAUCAGUCUCAGCCUUAUACAAGGAUAGGGUGCCAAGCCAUGCUAAGAAUCAAGAAAGAUGAACAUGGUAUAUGGUUUAUUGCAAAGCACAAUAAAGAUCACACUCAUGAGUUAACUUCCCCAUCCAAAGUCCAUCUCCUUUGGUCACAUCGCAAAAUUCCAAAGUACACAAGAGAGAUGAUUCAUAUGUAUAACUCAUGUAGGUUAACUAUCCCAAAGAUCACGAAAGUAUUGAGUGCACAGGCUGGAGGUCGAAGGAGUCUCCCUUUUGUAGAUCUAGAUUGUAAGAAUGAGAUAUAUAAAAAUCGGAUGAAAAAAUCAAAGUUGAUAGGAGGGGAUGCAGAGGGGUUGAUGGAGUUCUUUGCCAGUAAGAUUGCUGCGAACCCAUCUUUUGCAUACAAAAUGCAAGUUGACGCAGAUGGGCACUUAACCAAUAUAUUAUGGGUUGAUGCAAAAUCAAGAAUUGAUUGUGAAUUCUUUGGAGACGUCAUUAUAUUUGAUACUACAUACAAAACUAAUGUCUAUGAGAUGCCAUGUGCCCCAAUUUUGAGAGUAAACACAAAGACAAUAUUCUUAAGAUGUGCUUUACUCCAUAAAGAGGAUGAGGAGUCUUUUACAUGGUUGUUCACAAAGUGGCUUGAAGUGAUGAAUGGGCGGGGCGCCAACCGAAGUCAAUCAUCACAGAUCCAGACAAGGGAAUGUCACUUGCAAUAAAAAAGGUGUUCCGAGAGUCCCGACAUCGGUUAUGUAGAUGGCAUAUAACUCAAAAGAUUGAGCAAAAAAUGGCACAAGUUGUUCACAAACAUCCAUCAUUCCAUGGGGACUUGUACCAAUGUAUUGACCAUUGUACCACCAUCGUAGAAUUUGAAGAUGAAUGGCCAAGAAUGUUACAAAGAUAUGAUUUAAUGAAUAAUGAAUGGUUAAAGUUUUUAUAUGAAAUUCGGCAUCAAUGGGUGGAUGUAUAUUUGCAAGAUUGCUUCUUUGCAGGUAAUAGGACUAGUGGAAGUAGUGAAGCCAUGAACAAGGAUAUCAAGGCAUAUGUGAAUUCCCAUACUAAUUUGACUACAUUUGUUGGACAAUUACAAGAAUUAAUUGAAAAAACGUUUGAUGAAGAAAAUACUGCAGACUUCAAAUCUCACAAUGAGACACCAAUUAUGAAGACUGCCACUCGCAUAGAGAAGCAAAUGGAUCAAAUUUACACCCCAUCUGUCUUUCAAAACUUCUUUCAACCAGAGUUAAUGAGGGUCGCUAAUCUUAUUUGUAAUGUGCAAGAGGAUGAUGGGGUUGUAUGCACUUUAAGUUUGAAAGGAUAUGGGACAUGUCGCCCAUCCUACAUGGUGGAAUUCACCACAAUUGAGGAGAAAGCAACAUGUAGCUGCCAUCUAUAUGAGCGCGUGCGUAUCCCAUGUAGCCAUAUGCUUGAGGUAUUUUUAAAAAAAAGAUAUUUGAGUUCCCCCGACACUAUAUAAUGAAGUGAUGGACGAAAGACGUGACAAAGGGGCUUGCUCAUGAAGGUUAUAGAGUUCAAAUACAUGCCAAUUGUGAGGAUGCCUAUUCUACGCGCUACAAUGACCUAUUUCAAAGGUGCAACAUUCUAUGAGCUAAUGGGGCAGUGAGUCUGAGUGUGUAUGAGUAUGCAAAGAUGCUUAUAGAUGAGACACACCAAAAGGUUGUUGCUAGGGUAGAUAUGGAAAAAACAACUUUAAAGCAUGCUUUUUGUACCUAUGGUAGCCCCACAUCCACAGGAAUCCCCACCCUAUGUGUUGCCCCCAAUUCCCUCUGUGAUUUCAAACUCACAUGUGACUAUAAAGGCUCCAAUUUGUGCAAAGCCGAAGGGACGACCACUUAUUGACGUGAGACUUAAACCUGGGAAUGAGAAGAGAUCGAGAAAGAGAAAGUUCUUUGAAUGUGGAGUCAUAGGUCAUGACAAGCGUAAUUGUCCCUCUAUGCGUUGCAAAUGGUCAUACAUACUACGCUUGAUUAUUACAACAUUUGGUCUUGUUGGAUUAUGGCGUCACGGUGAGUUCUAGGGUGUUCAAGAGCUGUUGGUUGCAUUUGAAGGAGUUCUAGGGUGUUCAAGAGCUAUUACUUGCAUUUGAAGAAGGAGAUUGGGCUUAAAUGUCGAGCGGCAUAGAUUGGCGUGUAGUAAGUACAACUACUAAGAAAACAUGACUUUGGAGCAACAUAGAUUAGCCUUAAAUGUUGCGGCAUCGCAAUUGUUUGAUAUGCUAUGCCAAAAAUUUUGGCAACUAAUUUGAGGUGCUGCACUUUAUUGAUAUGGGGUUGUAAUGACCUUUUCAUGAUGACAAGUGCUUGUUAAAGACUAUGCUUGCAAUUGAUAGUUAAGUAAUUUUAAAGACGAUUUCAGUUUGUUAAAGAAUGUGCUGACAUUUUGAUUGAUGCACGUAUCAGUUCCAGGAUUUUUAUGUUCA